AUAAAAAAUUAACGCUUUUACACAACGCUAAACGUAUUUAAAUUUACCUAUUUGUUGUACGUUUGUCUGUCUGAUAAACUGAUAAGAUAGGUGCUAGUAGGUAAGUAUCUAACUUUGCGGAUGGUUCAUCCAAGAUAAGGCAACAAGUGCCCAGUGCCAAUAUUCAUAAAAAUAACUAUCGAACUCGACUACGUAACCUAACCGGUUUCACUGCGAGUUUGAUCUUUCUACCGACUUGUUUACAUCUUACAUUACAGUCACACAGCAGCUAUUGUUCAGUGAUAAUUACAUUAUUCGCAUUCCAAAGUCAGCGUUUGUCGAUAACAAUGGUUGUUGUGGCGAAGAAAUAUGUAGUUCUGAGACCCUUUGAAGGUGUUCCUAAGGAAUCGGAUUUUAAAAUCGAGGAGGAAACCUUACGGGACAUUGAAGAUGGUGAAUUCUUGGCCGAAGCUGUCUACAUGAGCGUCGAUCCAUAUCAAAGAAUGAAACUGGGUAAUGAAUACCCCUGCGAUAUGAUAGGAGGGCAAAUCGCAAAAGUGGUGGAGUCCAAGCACCCCGGGUACGCGGUGGGCUCGUGGGUGAUGGGCCACUUCGGCUGGCGCACGCACACGGUGGCGGCCCCGGCGGCGGCGGCGAGCUCCCCGCAGCAGCCCUACGUCUACCCGCUGCCUGACUUCGGAGACCUGCCGCCGUCGCUCGGCCUGGGCGUGCUGGGCAGGGUUGGUAACACGGCGUACUUCGGGCUGACGCAGCUGUGCCGGCCGCGUGCGGGCGAGACGGUGGUGGUGACCGGCGCGGCCGGCGCCGUCGGCUCGCACGUCGGACAGAUCGCCCGGAUACUCGGUUGCCGCGUGCUCGGGUUCGCGGGCUCGGACGCGAAGUGCCGCUGGCUGCAGGAGCUGGGCUUCACCGCGGCCGCCAACUACAACACCGCAGACGUGAGGGACUUCCUCAAACAACACGCGCCCGACGGCGUCGACUGCUACUUCGACAAUGUCGGAGGGGAAAUUAGCAGUACUAUUAUAUCACAAAUGAACCCAUUCGGCAGAAUAGCCGUCUGCGGAGCCAUAUCCAGUUACAACGAAACUAAUAAAGAAAACUGCAAAGCCACCAUACUGCAGCCCUACAUAGUUUCAAAACAACUGAGCAUGGAAGGGUUCCUCGUGAACAGGUUCGCGAGCAGGACCAUGGAGGGCAUCGCACAGAACCUGCAGUGGGUGCGGGACGGCCGGCUCAAGUACCGCGAACACAUCUGGGACGGGUUCCACCAAGCGCCCCAAGCAUUCAUUGGAUUAUUCAGCGGAGCCAACACUGGCAAAACUAUUGUCAAAGUGUAAAUCAAUAGACAUAUUAUGAAUAUUAUUAACUUACCCCUUAUAGAAAUAAAUAUGUGUUACGUUUUAA